CAGCCUUCAGACCAUCUAUACAAAAAGAAUCUAAAAAUUGUAUAUUUUGUAGGUAAGAAUAGUCUUUAAAUGAUGACCAAUCUUUUUGGAAAGAGGAUUUAUAACUUUGUUUUCCAAAAAUGACCUUCUGUACAGAAAAAUUAAAAAUACAAUAAUUUAUUAUUACACAUUGAAUUUUUCAAUUAUUACUAUUAUUAGUAAUCCUAUUAUUCAUAAAUAAUUUUAUUUGUUCCAAUGAAUUAUUUCCUUAAAAUAAAAUAAUUUUCCCGCUUUUUUUUAUUUAUUAUUUACUUAUCAAAAGUUACCACAACCCUGGUAAUGGGAACAAAAAACUAAUAACGUCCAUCCUCAUGACAAAAUUUAAUAUCUAUUAGAACAUUUAGCAAAUUCUUCCAACUGAAGAUUAACAUUUUUCGGCGUUUUCUAUAGAACUUAGUUAUUAUCAUCUUUCCACAUUUUGUUUUAAAUUGUAAUUUUUUAUUUCUAUAUUAAUAAUUUAAUCAUUUAUUCAUCAUGUCUUUGAAUCCUGCGUAUGAAGCAAUUGGCAAAGGGUUUGUACAACAAUACUAUGUGCUAUUUGACGAUCCUGCCCAAAGGCCUACAUUGGCUGCAAUGUAUAACGUGAGUGUUUUAUGUUACAUUAUAUUUAUAAAUCAUGCAUUUUUUUAAAAUUCUGUUGAUCAUGUUUGACUUAAUUAAUUGUUAAUAUUUUUUUAUUUAGCCAGAAACUUCUUUUAUGACUUUUGAAGGUGUCCAACUACAGGGUACCAUUAAAAUUAUGGAAAAAUUAAAUGUGAGUGAUAUCUAUUACUGUCUUUAAUCAAAAUUGUUUAUAAUUUUUAUACUAAAUUAAUUUUGUUUAUAGUCACAAAAUUUAAUUAAUUAAUAAAAAAUUAAAACUUCCUAAAUGUGUAUCAUUUAGGUCAAUAUUUUAGAAUAAGAAUCUGCCUACGUAUAUAUAUAUAUAUUUAUAUGUAUUUUGUAUGACAGAGUAGAGUAACAACUUUAAACAUAUAAAUAUUAACAGACAAAUAUACUAAGUGGAUUAACAUAAAAUAGAAUAAAAUAAAUAAAAAUAAGCUAAACUAUACAUUACAAGAAUUAUGGUAACAGUGAUAAUGAUAUUAUGGACAAUAAAAUAAAUGGUAACCAUUGUAGCUGGGAGAUAUUUAAAAUAUCCAAAUUUCAUAUCCGAUCAACUACAUCCAUAUUAGCUGUAUGAAUAGUGCAGAGUGCCUUUGAAUGCUUGGGUCGGACAUUUAGUUGCUAUAUGGGGAAUUGUUAAGGUAUUAUAUCAACAGUCACAGGAAGGAGUAGUAUGUAGUUUCCAUUUAAACAUGAUGUGAUUGCACCUUCCAUGGCCAGUCCGUGAGCGAUUCAGAGUCACCCAAAGUUGUCUAGGCAGAUCGAGGCCUGGUUGUUGAGAUGUUAUAUUGGUAACAAUGUAUUAUUCAUCAGAGUUUUCUGCCAUCCAAUCCUUAAGCCAUUUGGUAUUUCCCUCGAUAUUUUCAAGUAAUAGCUUCUUUACAGUUAACCAAGAUGGUAUGGUUUGCGGGUCUUAAGACGUAGUCUAUCUCCAUUUACUCUUAAAUCCGCAUGUAUUAGAAGGCUCUUAUUAUUUAUUGUUGAUCUUAGUCCAUUCCCAGAUGAGAGCUUGUUCCCUUCAGAUCUUGGGGGAGCCAUAUUGCUCAGUACUAGGAGCCGUUUUAAGGGGGUAGAUUUGAAUAGGUCCCCCUAUGGUUCUCAUUACCGAGUUGAGCUGAGUAUCAAGUUUAUUGGUAUGUGUGCUAUUUAUCCUCACUGGGAUGCCGUAUUCUACAGCUGAAUAUCUUAGUGCUACUGUGCUUAUAUACAGGGUUUUCGCAUCAGCUCCCCAUGAUGUACCACUCAAUUUGGCAAUUAUACUUUGAUGGGACUUAAUUUUUGCUAAAAGUUUGGCUAGAUGGUUCUUGUACGUAAGCGUCCUGUCUAAUACCACAUCCAGAUAUUUAGGAUGGGCAUUGUUUUUCACUAACCGAUCACUAAAUUCCACCCGUAUCUCCUAGUUUGCUCUUCUAUUAUUCAGAUAGAAAAGGGUGACUUCCGUUUUUGAUGGAUUUGGUUUGUGUCUCCAUUGGUUGUAGAAUUUAAGUAAUAUGUCAAGGUCCUCAGACAAGAUGUUUUUUAUGUGUUCAAAAUCUUUACUCUGGCAAGCUAGGGCUAGGUCAUCAGCAUAUAUGCAUUUUCUUGCAGUUGUUGCUGGUAGGUCCUUGAUAUAGAGGUUGAAGAAAAGACUGCCAACACAGAACCUUGAGGAAGGCCAUUGUUUAGCAUCUUUGUUUUGAUUUUUUUCUCUCCAAUAUAAACAGUAUAAAAUCUGUUUCUGAGCAUAUUUAGAAGUUUUAGUUAUGUUUUGCACAAGAUCACAUCCAAGUAUCUUGUUAAAAUCUUUUUUUUCCAUACAGUGUCAUAGGCGGAUGAUAGGUCUAUGAAUACUACAGCAGUUUUAACUUUCUAUUGUACCCAUUUUCUAUAUGGGUAAUAAGUGCCAUUACCAGGUCGCAGCAACUCCUAUUAAGGCGGAACUCAGCUUGUUCAUGUAGAAUAAUAUCAUCAAUAGUGCUAGCAAUGCGGUUGUAGAUCAAUAUUUCAAGUAACUUGUAGCAUACGCUUAAUAAUUAUUUAUUAAUAAUUAAUAAGAGAUACCAGUCUAUAGCUGUUUACAUCAUUUUUUAGUUUUUCUAGCUUUAAAACUGCUAAAAUGUUUGUUUGUUUAAAGAGUUUUGGUAGUUUUCCUGAAUGGAGGACGUUUGAGAAAAAGUGAGAGAGUUGUCUAAUUGUCUUGGGCCCACUACAUUUUAUGAACUCCGGAUACAUUUCAUCAAGUCCAGCUGCUUUACUAAGUUUUAAGGUCUUUAAUCAAUUUUAUUGAUGUAACUUUAUCGAUAUUGGCUCUUGACAUUUCUAUUAGUCGAUUCGCAAAUGCCCUAGAUUUUAUUUCUGGUUCACUGCCAUCUCGAUUUUGGCUGGGAUCUAAUCUGCGUAAUACGUUCCAGGCUUCUCGACUAGAGUGUUUAAAAUCUAGACGUUCUAAAGUUUCAGUCCAACGGUCCUUGCGUCCUUUAGCUAGCGAGUUUGAGAGUUUGUCCGCAUUUUCUGCUUGGCCAUUUCUUUGAUACUCUGCAUACAGUUCUGUUGCUUUCCUCAUACCAGUAGGGGAUGUAUUUGUGUCUAUAGCUUCGGGGGAUAUAAUGUUUUGCAGCUUCCUUAACCAUACCAAUGAAGGUUUCAUAAUUGUUCACUAUUAGAUCAAUCCAUCUGAAGUUAUCAUAUAGGGAUUUUGAAAAGACAGUCUAAUUAGCUUUCAUAAAAUUCCAUCUGCCUACAUGAUAUGGCAUAACAAAUUGAGAUUUAUUUACAUAACAAGGUUUAGGUUCACAUUUAGAACACUAUUCUCCUUGCAGUAUUAUUAGAUUUGAACCUAUAGGUAGUAGGUUGCUAGUUUAAUUUUCCCUACACAGCAGCUCUUGAAUCAGUGAAUGAAAUUGGCAGGUAUAGCGAGCCAUCACCUUUGUAACUUUAAUAGUAAUUCAAAAAAGUUUUUAAUAUGCUAAUGGUUAAGUAUUAAAAACCACUUUUUUUUUUUUUUUUUUUUUUUUGUGGGAGGGAAAUAUUAAUAAUAUUGAAUUCUAAUUAAAUAAUCUGUUUAAUGGAAAAUCAAUGUUCAUUUAGAAGUUUUGAAGAAACUUCAAACAGUUUUUUCUAUAUUUUUAAUGUACAUGCAAAAGUACAUUCACUAGUAUACUUAACUAGAAUCACUCCAUGUGUUCUUGUAAAUCAUUAUUUUACUCCUGACUCAAUGAUAGGGGCUCAAUAUUCUGUUUUUCCAUAAAACAAUAAAAUAAAUUUAUAUACUUAAACGUUUUUGUUUUUAGAGCUUGACUUUCCAAAAAAUUAAUAGAGUUGUAACUUCAGUGGAUUCGCAGCCAAUGUUUGAUGGUGGUAUAUUAAUUAAUGUCCUAGGACGUUUACAGGUAUACAUUACACAUUUGCAUGUUAUUAUUAAAUUUGUCCUAUAUUUAGUUUUUUAUAUUUUGAUUUCAGUGUGAUGAAGAUCCACCUCAUCCUUUCAAUCAAGUGUUUGUAUUAAAAUCAGUAGGUAGUACUUUCUAUUGUGCCCAUGACAUAUUUCGUUUAGGAAUUCAUGAUACUAUGUAAAAUAUUGUGUUUCAAUAUAUUUUAUAAAACUAUAUUUUGCCAUUUGUUUUUUGGUAACAAACAUUUAUAUAUAUAUAUAAAUUUAAAAAACCAACAAUUUUCAAAAUGAUUGCAAAUAAUUGUCAAAAUAAAAACCUGUAUUCUUUUCAAUUUAAUUAAUUUUACCUCUUAAAAAAAAAAAGUUUGAUUUACUGAAAUAAUUUUUACUUAAAAGUUUUGUUUUGGUAUCAUGUUAACUAAUUAUAAUAAUAAUGUAGAUUAAUGAUGAGCAGAUUUUAAUUUUGGUUUAAAGUUAAUUGCCUUUUCUUAUACUUAUACAAAUGUUAAAUAUACAUACUUAAUACAUAGAAUAUAAAUUGUUUAGUUAUUAUUUUUUUUUUUUUAAUGUUUACUAAACUACUACAUUUCAACAAAUUAAAAUUAGACCAUUUAAAAAAUACUAUUAAGUUAAAUUAUGGAAAUGAUUAAAAGUAUGAAAUAUUUUUUUAAAC